AGUCGCAGACAAAAACGACUGCUAGAUUUUCUCCUCCCAAAUAGCGAAAAAAUCCCAACCGCUUCAGCUUCCACUAGUAAAUUAUAGGAAUUCAACCAUUAAGUUGCGAUUUUGGCGACUACCCAAUUAAAUCGCGGGGCAUUGGAGAAAGGGGGAACAGGAAAGGAGCUAACUUGGUUGAGAUUAAAGGGGGAUAUGAGAGAGAGGCUUCAGUGAGUUUUUAAUGGGGUUUUGAUGGAGGAGGAGAGAGCCUAUGGGCGAUCUGGGGUUUGGUUGGCCUCUGCAUUCCCUUUCUGGGCUCGUCUCCUUUUGGUCGGAUUUCAGAUUAUGCUUCUUAUUAUUGGGACUAGAGGAAAUAAUGUAAUAUCUGAAGAGGACGCGUCAUUGCCGUUGCAAAGUAUUGAAGCCGGAGGAAAAGAUAAUUAUUUAUCGCACUCGUGCAUCCAUGAUGAGAUACUCCAUCAACGGCGGCGUCCUGGUCGCAAGCAGUACUCAGUUACCCCACAAGUUUAUAAGGAGUCCGACUCAUUAAGAUCCAAACACCAAAGAGGGAGGGCAUUGCUUUCAAUUUCAUCACCAUUGUUGCCUGCAAAGGAUGUAAAGGAACCAAUUAGGAUAUUUCUAAAUUAUGAUGCUGUUGGACAUUCAGCUGAUAGAGAUUGCAAUAAUGUUGGGGAUAUCGUCAAGCUUGGUGAGCCUCCUGCAUCUUCUGUUCCUGAAACCCCCGUGUGUGAUCCUCAUGGGGAGCCUCCGGUUUUUGGAGACUGCUGGUAUAACUGUACGGUCGAAGACAUAUCUGGGGAAGAUAAAAAGCAACGCCUUCGCAAGGCAUUGGAACAAACUGCAGAUUGGUUCAAAAGAGCUUUGGCUGUUGAACCAGUCAAGGGUAACUUGCGACUGAGUGGGUAUUCUGCAUGUGGUCAGGAUGGUGGGGUACAACUUCCUCAUGAAUAUGUUGAAGAUGGUGUUGCUGAAGCUGACCUGGUUCUGUUAGUAACCACUAGACCUACUACAGGGAACACGCUUGCAUGGGCAGUGGCAUGUGAGCGCGAUCAAUGGGGUCGUGCUAUUGCCGGACAUGUAAAUGUUGCCCCUCGUCAUUUGACAGCCGAAGCAGAAACAUUACUUUCAGCUACUUUGAUACAUGAGGUCAUGCAUGUUUUAGGUUUUGAUCCACAUGCCUUCGCACAUUUUCGUGAUGAAAGGAAAAGAAGGCGUAGCCAGGUUACUUUACAAGCUAUGGAUGACAAGCUUGGUCGAAUGGUUACCCGUGUCGUCCUUCCUCGUGUUGUUAUGCACUCAAGGCAUCACUAUGGGGCUUUUUCUGAAAAUUUUACCGGCUUAGAGUUGGAAGAUGGAGGUGGGCGUGGUACAUCAGGUUCACAUUGGGAAAAAAGGCUAUUAAUGAAUGAAAUCAUGACUGGAUCAGUUGAUACACGAUCAGUGGUAUCAAAAAUGACCUUGGCUCUAUUGGAGGACAGCGGAUGGUAUCGGGCUAAUUACAGCAUGGCAGAGCAUCUUGAUUGGGGCAGAAAUCAAGGAACUGAGUUUGUUACCUCUCCUUGUAGUCUUUGGAAGGGUGCUUACCGUUGCAAUACCACUCAGUUGUCUGGCUGUACGUAUAAUAGAGAGGCAGAAGGAUAUUGUCCUAUUGUGAGCUAUAGUGGCGAUCUGCCACAAUGGGCUCGGUAUUUUCCUCAGGCCAACAAAGGUGGGCAGUCAUCUUUGGCUGAUUAUUGCACGUAUUUUGUAGCAUACUCUGAUGGUUCAUGCACAGACACAAAUAGUGUUCGUACACCCGACAGAAUGUUGGGUGAAGUGAGAGGAAGCAAUUCUAGGUGUAUGGCUUCAUCAUUGGUGCGCGCUGGGUUUGUUAGAGGAUCAAUGACUCAAGGAAAUGGUUGCUAUCAACAUCGGUGCUUGAAUAACACUUUAGAGGUUGCAGUUGAUGGUAUCUGGAAAACUUGUCCAGAAGCAGGUGGUCCUGUUCAGUUCCCUGGCUUUAAUGGUGAACUAAUUUGCCCAGCAUAUCAUGAAUUAUGCAGUGUUGCACCUGUGCCUGGAAAUGGGCAGUGUCCAAAUUCUUGUACCUUCAAUGGCGACUGUGUUGAAGGAAGCUGUCGCUGUUUUCUUGGUUUUAAAGGCCAUGACUGUAGCAAGCGCUCCUGCCCCAACAAUUGCAGUGGACGUGGUAAAUGCCAGCCAAAUGGGAUCUGUGCGUGUGAAAAUGGCCGAACUGGUGUUGACUGCUCCACAGCAAUUUGCGACGAGCAGUGCAGUUUGCACGGUGGGGUCUGUGACAAUGGUGUGUGCGAGUUCCGAUGUUCCGAUUAUGCAGGCUACACGUGCCAGAACAGCUCGAUGUUGAUGUCAAGCCUCUCUAUAUGUGGCGAUGUGCUGGCCAAAGAAUCAUUGGGGCAGCAUUGUGCCCCGAGUGAGCCCAGCAUAUUGCAGCAGCUGGAGGCGGCUGUUGUUAUGCCCAAUUAUAACCGUUUAAUGCCCGGUGGUCGGUCAUUGUUUAGUAUUAUUGACAGUGGUUAUUGUGCUGCUGCAGCAAAGCGGCUUGCCUGCUGGAUCUCUAUUCAACGUUGUGACAAAGACGGAGACAAUAGACUUCGGGUCUGUCACUCUGCUUGUCGAUCCUACAAUGAUGCAUGUGCAGCAGCAUUAGAUUGCUCCGACCAAACUUUAUUCAGCAGUGAGGAUGAAAAGGGUGAGCAGUGCACGGGGAAUGGGGAGAUAAGGCCUUGGUGGGCCCGGCGUUUCAGGGCCAUCUACUCUGAGUAACUGCAAUUAGAUAAUAGGUCAUUCAGAAAUUGUCUGUAAAGUAUUAGAUUGUUAUCUUUGUAUUUUUUUUCUUUUUUCCUUCUUUUUUUUCUCGAUUCAGUUAGCGUUGUAGGGUUCAACCGUAGAAAAAAUAGCCACGCGGUUAAUUUUGCGUGUCGAUAUUGUAGGGAUUCUGAUUUCACCCAACAUAGAGUCCUGAAAGGAAAGGGGGUGAUGUUAUAUGAGAUAAAUAUUUAUGACAAGAGGAUAGAGGAGGAAGGCCCAAAGGGUUUAUGUAAUUCCUUGUUAUCGGAAUUUGAUUUCUUGUUUAAGAUUUCUCCAAAAUUAUUGAUGGCUUUCAAAGUCAGAGCAGGUGUGUGUUGUUAGUUCAAUUCCUAUAACAGUGAUGAUUCCUAUUCUUUA